ACUGCAGCGCCAGCGCGCAAGCGGGCAGCGGAGGACCCGGCCGGCCCCGAGAGCCGAGAGGCUGUCGCGCAGGCAGACAGGCCGCGGCCGCCGCCGGAUACAGCCCCGCUGUGAGCCAUGCCGUGCGGGGGCCCCGCCUGAGCCGCGGCCGCCGGGGCCGGGGGCUCUCGGGCCCUCGGGAGCGGGCCGGGGCCAUGCUUGCGCUGCCCUGACGAUGCCGCCCGCCGCGCCCGCCCGCCUGGCGCUCGCCUUGGGCCUGGGCCUGUGGCUCGGGGCGCUGGCGGGGGUCCCCGGGCGCGGCUGCGGGCCGUGCGCGCCCCCCUGCCUCUGCGGCCCGGCGCCCGGCGCCGCCUGCCUUGUCAACUGCUCCGGCCAUGGGCUGCGGACGCUCGGGCCCGCGCUGCGCAUCCCCGCGGACGCCACCGCGCUGGACGUCUCCCACAACCUGCUCCGGGCGCUGGACUUCGGGCUCCUGGCGAACCUCUCAGCGCUGACAGAGCUGGACAUAAGCAACAACAAGAUUUCUACGUUAGAAGAAGGAAUAUUUGCUAAUUUAUUUAAUUUAAGUGAAAUAAACCUGGGCGGGAACCCGCUCGAGUGUGACUGUGGUCUGGCCUGGCUGCCGCGCUGGGUGGAGGGGCAGCAGGUCCGCGUGGUGCGGCCCGAGGCGGCCACGUGCGCCGGGCCCGACCCCCUGGCUGGCCAGCCACUGCUCAGCGGAGCGCUGCUGGACGGAGCCUGCAGUGAGGAGUAUGUCGCUUGUGUCCCUGACGACAGCUCGGGCGCCGUGGCGCUGGUGGCCUUCUCGGCUGCCCCCGAGGGCCCGCUGGCCCCCGAGGCCUGUGGCGCCCUCUGCUUCGCGGCCGGCCAGACCCUCGCAGCCCUCUCGGAGCAGGGCCAGUGCCUGUGCGGGGCGGCCCGGCCCCCUAACACCUCCUCUGCCUGCCUGCCCUCCUGCUCUGGCCCCUCCCUGCCCCCCGCUCCCGCCUGCCGGGGGCCCAGCCUCCUCCAGCACAUCUUCCCUGCCUCCCCGGGGGCCGCCCUGCUGGGGCCCCGAGGACCCCUGGCCUCUGGCCAGCCCGCAGCCUUCCACAUCACCGCCUCGCUGCCGGUCAGCUCCACGCACUGGGACUUCGGUGACGGCUCCCCGGAGGUGGACGUCGCGGGCCCGGACGCCACUCACCGCUAUGUGCUGCCUGGCCGCUACCCUGUGACGGCCGUGCUGGCCCUGGGGGCGGGCUCUGCCCGGCUGGGGGCGGAGGUGUGGGUGGAGGCCGCCCCCGCUGCCCUGGAGCUCGUCUGUGUGGCCUCGGUGCACAGCAAUGAGACCCUGCAGCUCGGCGUCCGAAACCGUGGCGGCUCGGGCCUGGAGGCCACCUACAGCAUCACGGCCCUGGGCGAGGAGCCAGUCCAAGUGGUGCACCCGCUCUGCCCCUCGGACACGGAGAUCUUCCCCGGCAACGGGCACUGCUACCGCCUGCAGGCAGAGAAGGCGUCCUGGGCUCAGGCACAGGAGCAGUGCCGGGCCUGGGCCGGGGCCGCCCUGGCCAUGGUGGACAGCCCCGCCGUGCAGCGCUUCCUGGUCUCCCGCGUCACCAGGAGCCUGGACGUGUGGAUCGGCUUCUCAGCCGUGGAGGGGGCAGCAGCGGGCCCCGCACCCCAGGGCGGCGCCUUCAGCCUGGAGAGCUGCCAGAACUGGCUGCCUGGGGAGCCGCACCCCGCCACGGCCGAGCGCUGCGUGCGCCUGGGGCCCGCCGGGCAGUGCAACACGGACCUGUGCUCAGCACCUCACAGCUACGUCUGUGAGCUGCGGCCUGGAGGCCCCGUGUGGGACACAGAGAACUUUCUCGUGGGAGCGCCCAGUGGGGACCUGCAGGGUCCCUUGAGCCCUCUGGAACAGCAGGAGGCCCUCCUGGCACCCCAGGAGCCUGUCGAGGUGAUGGUGUUUCCCGGCCUGAGCCCGAGCCGCGAAGUCUUCCUCACCGCUGCCGAGUUCGCGACGCAGGAGCUGGGCCGGCCCGCCCAGCUGCGGCUGCAGGUGUUCCGGGCGGGCCGCGGAGCAGGGGCCCUGGAAAACAGCAGCGAGCCCCAGGGUCGGUCCCUGGAAAACAGGACUGAGCUGGCCCCUGCGUGCACACCAGAAGGGCCCCUGUGCCCCCAAGUCAACAUCUGCCUGCCUCUGGACACCCCUUGCCACCCUGGGGCCUGUGCCAACGGAUCCACACCAGGGCCGGGCCUCCCUGGGGUCUCUUACGCGCUCUGGAAAGAGUUCCUCUUCUCCAUGCCUGCGGGCCCCCCCGCCCAGUACUCGGUCCCCUUCCACAGCCAGGACGUCACCCUGCUCCCUGGCGACCUCGUCAGCUUGCAGCACGAUGCGGGGCCGGGCGCCCUCCUGCACUGCCCCCCGACGCUGGGCUUCCCGGGCUCCGAGACCCCAUACUUCUCCGCCAACGCCUCGGCCUGGCUUGCCCGCCUGCCUGCCCAGCUGGAGGCGGCCCCGGCUGGCCCCGCCUGCGCCCUGCGGUUGCUGGCUGCCACGGAGCGGCUCACCCCUCUGCUGGGCCUGGGCCUGGGCCCCAACCCGGGGCUGCGGCGGCCAGGGCGCUACGAGGUCAGGGCCACGGUGGGCAACGGUGUGUCCAGGCACAACCUGACCUGCAGCUUCAACGUCCUGUCCCCAGUGGCUGGGCUUCAGGCCAUCUACCCAGCCCCCCAGGACGGCCGCCUCUACGUGCCCACCAGCGGCUCGGCUCUAGUGCUGCAGGUGGACUCUGGUGCCAACGCCACCGCCAUGGCCCGCUGGCCCGGGGGCAAUGCCAGUGCGCCCUUCGAGGCUGCCUGCCCAGCCGCUGUGGCCGCCCUGGCGCCCGGCUGUGCGGAGGCGGCCAACGGCAGCCUGUUCUCAGUGCUGACGCUGCCGGGGCUCCGUGAGGGCGAGCACGAGGUGGAGGUGGUGGUGGAGAACGGGGCCGGCCGGGCCAACCUCAGCCUGCUGGUGACAGCGGAGGAGCCCAUCCGCGGGCUCCGUGCCAUGCCCAGCCCUGAGGCCCGUGUGCUGCAGGGCGUCCUGGUGAGGUACAGUCCCGUGGUGGAGGCCGGCUCAGACGUGGUCUUCCGCUGGACCAUUGACGACAAACAGUCCCUGACCUUCCACAACGUGGUCUUCAACGUCAUCUACCAGAGCGCAGCGGUCUUCAAGCUCUCGCUGACAGCCUCCAACCAUGUGAGCAGCGUCAGCGCGCACUUCAACGUCACCGUGGAGCCAAUGCACCGGAUGCGGGGCCUGCAGGUGUCCGCGGUGCCUUCCGUGCUGGCCCCCAACGCCACGCUGGCGCUGGCCGCCCACGUGCUGGUGGACUCGGCCGUAGAGGUGGCCUUCCUGUGGACCUUCGGGGAUGGGGAGCAGGCGGUCGGCCAGUUCAAGCCUCCGUACGACGAGUCCUUCGAGGUCCCAGACCCCACGGUGGCCCAGGUGCUGGUGGAGCACAACACCUCGCACACCUACCCCGUCCCAGGUGAAUACAACCUGACCCUGCUCGUGUCCACCGCCUUUGAGAACCUGACGCAGCGGGUGCCUGUCAGCGUGCGUGCCGCCCUGCCGGCCGUGGCUGUGGCCGUGGGCAGCCAGGUCCUGGUGGCUGGCUGGCCCGUCACCUUCUUCCCGCGCCCGCUUCCAUCACCGGGCGGUGUCCUCUACACGUGGGACUUCGGGGAUGGCUCCCCAGCUGUCAGCCAGCCCCAGCCAGAGGUCAACCACACGUUCGCCUCGAGGGGCACGUACCGUGUCCGCCUGGAGAUCAACAACACCGUGAGCCACGUGGCGGCGGCCGUCAGCGUGCGCGUCUUUGAGGAGCUCCGCGGCCUGACGGUGAGCCUGAGCCCCGCCGUGGAGCAGGGUGCGCCCGUGGUGGUCAGCGCUGCCCUGGAUUCCGGUGACAAUGUCACGUGGACUUUCGACAUGGGGGAUGGCACAGUGCUCACGGGCCCCGAGUCCACGGUGGAGCACGUGUACCGGCGGGCGCAGAACUGCACGGUGACGGUGGGCGCAUCCAGCCCCGCCGGCCGCCUGGCCCACAGCCUGCCUGUGCACGUCUUCGUCCUGGAGGUGCUGUGGAUCGAGCCGGUGGCCUGCAUCGCCUCCCAGCCGCACGCCCGGCUCACGGCCCAUGUCACCGGGGACCCUGCCCACUAUGUCUUUGACUGGACCUUCGGAGACGGCUCAUCCAACAUCAGCAUCCGGGGGGACCCGACCGUGACGCACAACUUCACGCGCAGCGGCACUUUCCCACUGGCGCUGGUGCUGGCGAGCCGCGUGAACAGAGCACACUACUUCAGCAGCGUCUGCGUGGAGCCCGAGCUGGGCAACGUCACCCUGUGGCCCGAGAGGCAGUUCGUGCGGCUUGGGGACGAGGCCCGCCUGGCGGCCCACGCCUGGCCCCCCUUCCCCUACCGCUACACCUGGGACUUCGGCUCCGAGGAUGCCGCCGCCCGCAUCGGGGGCCCUGAGGCCACGUUCACCUACCGGCUCGUGGGCUCCUACCUGGUGACAGUCACCGCAGCCAACAACAUCUCGGCCGCCAACGACUCGGCGCUGGUGGAGGUGCAGGAGCCCGUGGAGGUCACGGGCAUCAGGGUCAACAGCUCCCACUCUCUGGAGCUGCAGCAGCCCUACCUGUUCUCCGCCGUGGGCCACGGGCGCCCCGCCAGCUACCUGUGGGAGCUGGGGGACGGCGGGCGGCUGCAGGGCCCCGCGGUCACCCAUGCCUACGGCAGCACGGGCUGCUUCCAAGUCCGGGUGGCCGGCUGGAACGAGGUGAGCCGGGGGGAGGCCCGGCUGAACGUGACGGUGCAGCGGCGUGUGCGGGGGCUCAGCGUGAACGCCAGCCGCACGGUGCUGCCCCUCAACGGCAGCGUGAGCUUCAGCACGGCGCUGGAGGCUGGCAGCGACGUGCGCUACUCCUGGGUCCUCUGUGACCGCUGCACGCCCAUCCCCGGGGGCCCCACCAUCUCUUACACCUUCCGCUCCGUGGGCACCUUCAACAUCAUCGUCACGGCCGAGAACGAGGUGGGCGCCGCCCAGGACAGCAUCUUUGUCUACGUCCUGCAGCACAUCGAGGGGCUGCAGGUGGUGGGCUGCGGCUGCUGCUUCCCCACCAACCGCACGCUGCAGCUGCAGGCCGCGGUGCGGGACGGCACCAACAUCUCCUAUAGCUGGGCCGCUCAGCGCGACAGCGGCCCCGCCCUGGCCGGCAGCGGCAAAGCCUUCUCACUCACCGUGCUCGAGGCCGGCACCUACCACGUCCAGCUGCGGGCCACCAACAUGCUGGGCAGCGCCUCAGCCAACUGCACGGUGGACUUCAUGGAGCCAGUAGGGUGGCUGGCCGUCACCGCCUCCCCGAACCCAGCUGCCGUCAACACGACCAUCGCCCUCUGGGCCGAGCUGGCUGGGGGCAGCGGCGUCACUUACAGCUGGUCCCUGGAGGAGGGGCCACGCUGGGAGACCCCGGAGCCGUCCACCACCCUCAGCUUCCCCAGCCCCGGCCUGCGCCCAGUCACAGUCAUGGCCAAGAACCAGCUGGGCUCAGCCAACGCCAGCGUGGAGGUGGUCGUGCAGGUGCCCGUCAGCGGCCUCAGCAUCCAGGCCAGGGAACUUGACGGCGGCUUUGUGGUGGCCGGUUCCACGGUGCCCUUCUGGGGGCAGCUGGCCGCAGGCACCGACGUGAACUGGCGCUGGGCUGUGCCGGGUGGCAGCAGGCAGGGCCAGCACAUCACUGUGGUCCUCUCCGACGCCGGCCUGGUCUCGGUCCAGCUCAACGCCUCCAACGCGGUCAGCUGGGUGGUGGCCACACACAACCUCACCGUACAGGAGCCCGUCGUGGGCCUGGUGCUCUGGGCCAGCAGGAAGGUGGUGGAGCCCGGGCAGCCGGUGCACUUUCAGAUCUUGCUGGCCGCCGGCUCGGCCGUCCGCUUCCUCCUGCAGGUCGGCGGGGGCGGCCUCGAGGUGCUGCCUGCGCCCCACUUCUCCCGCAGCUUCCCCCGAGUCGGGGACUACACGGUGAGCGUGCACGCCGAGAACCGCGUGAGCCGGGCGCAGGCCCAGGUGCGCAUCUCGGUGCUGGAGGCCGUGGGUGGGCUGCAGGUGCCCGACUGCUGCGGGUUGGCCAUCGCCACAGGCGCCGAGCGGAACUUCAGCGCCCGUGUGCAGCGGGGCUCCCGCGUCGCCUACGCCUGGUACUUCUCGCUGCAGAAGGUGCAGGGGGACUCGCUGGUCAUCCUGUCGGGCCGUGACGUCACCUACACCCCCGUGGCUGCGGGGCUGCUGGAGAUCCACGUGCGCGCCUUCAACGAGCUGGGCGGCGUGAACUGCACGCUGCGGGUGGAGGUGCAGGAUGCCAUCCAACAUGUGGCGCUGCGUGGCCCCCGCUGCUUCGCCAACCGCUCCGCCCACUUCGAGGCGGCCACCAGCCCCAGCGCCCGGCGCGUGACCUACCGCUGGGACUUCGGGGAUGGGGCCCCAGUGGAGGACACGGAGGUGCCCUGGGCGGCGCACUCCUACCUGCAGCCCGGGGACUACCGCGUGCAGGUGAACGCCUCCAACCUGGUGAGCUUCUUCGUGGCGCAGGCCACGGUCACCGUGCACGUGCUGGCCUGCAGGGAGCCCGCGGUGGACGUGGCCCUGCCCCCGCAGGUGCUCAUGCGGCGCUCCCAGCGCAACUACCUGGAGGCCCACGUGGACCUGCGGGACUGCGUCAGCUACCAGACCGAGUACCGCUGGGAGGUGUACCGCGCGGCCAGCUGCCAGCGGCCCGGGCGCGCGGCGCGGGUGGCGCUGCCCGGGGUGGACGUGAGCCGGCCCCAGCUGGUGCUGCCGCGGCUCGCGCUGCCUGUGGGCCACUACUGCUUUGUGUUCCUGGUGUCGUUCGGGGACACGCCGCUGGCCCGCAGCAUCCAGGCCAACGUGACGGUGGCCGCCGAGCGCCUGGUGCCCAUCGUGGAGGGCGGCUCCUCCCGCGUGUGGUCCGACUCCCAGGACCUGGUGCUGGACGGGAGCAAGUCCUACGACCCCAACCUGGAGGACGGCGACCAGACGCCGCUCAGCUUCCACUGGGCCUGCGUGUCCGCGACGCAGAGUGAGACUGGUGGGUGCGCGCUGAACUUUGGGCCCCGCGGGAGCAGCGUGGUCACCAUCCCUCGGGAGCGCCUGCGCGCUGGCGUGGAGUACACCUUCAACCUGACCGUGUGGAAGGCCGGCCGCAAAGAGGAGGUCACCAGCCAGACGGUGCUGGUCCGCAGCGGCCGGCUGCCCAUUGUGUCCCUGGAGUGCGUGUCCUGCAAGGCGCAGGCGGUGUAUGCGGUGAGCCGCAGCUCCUACGUGUACCUGGAGGGCCGCUGUGACAACUGCGAUGGGGGCUCGGAGCGAGGGCUGUGGGCUGCACGCAGCUUCAGCAACGAGACGCUGGUGCUGGACGCGACGACCACGUCCACGGGCAGUGCGGGCAUGCGGCUGGUGGUGCGGCAGGGCGUGCUGCGCGACGGCGAGGGCUACACCUUCACGCUGACCGUGCUGGGCCGCUUGGGCCAGGAGCAGGGCUGCGCCUCCAUCCGCCUGGCACCCAACCGCCCGCCGCGGGGCGGCUCCUGCCGCCUCUUCCCACUGGAGGACGUGCGCGCGCUCACCACCAAGCUGCACUUCGAGUGCGCAGGCUGGCAGGACGCGGAGGACACGGGUGCGCCGCUGGUAUACGUCCUGCAGCUGCGGCGCUGCCGCCAGGGCCACUGCGAGGAGUUCUGCGUCUACAAGGGCAGCCUCGCCUCCUACGGGGCUGUGCUGCCGCCCGGCUUCGCGCCCCACUUCGUGGUGGGCCUGGCUGUGCUGGUACAGGACCAGCUGGGGGCUGCCGUGGUCGCCCUGAACAGGUCUCUGACCAUCACCCUGCCAGACCCCCCUGGGGACCCCGCUGACGGCCCCCCAGACCUCACGGGCUGGCUGCAUAGCCUGGCGGGGAGCACGCUGCCGGGGCUGCUGCGGCAGGCUGACCCCCAGCACGUCAUGGAGUACUCACUGGCCCUCAUCGCCGUGCUCAACGAGUAUGAGCAGACCCUGCCCGUGCUGGUGGAGCCAGACCCCAGGCAGGAGCUGCGCGCCCAGAUACGCAAGAACAUCACAGAGACGCUGGUGUCCCUGCGGGUCAACACGGUGGACGACAUCCAGCAGGUGGCGGCUGCGCUGGCCCAGUGCACGGUGUCCAGCCGGGAGCUUGUGUGCCGCUCGUGCCUAAAGAAGACGCUGCACAGGCUGGAGGACAUGAUGCGCAUCCUGCAGGCAGAGACCGCCACGGGCGCGGGGACGCCCACCGCCAUCGCAGACAGCAUCCUCAACAUCACAGGCGACCUCAUCCAUGUGGCCAGCUCGGACGUGCAGGGCCCACAGCCCUCGGAGCUGGGGGCGGAGCCACCCUCGCUGCUGGUGGCGUCCAGGGCCUACCAGCUCUCGUCCGCCCUCGUGGGCAUCCUCACGCGCUCCCGCGUGCUCAACGAGGAGCCCCUGACGCUGGCCGGGGAGGAGAUCCUGGCGCAAGGCAAGCGCUCAGACCCGCGAAGCCUGCUGUGCCAGGGCGACGCCCCAGGCCCCGGCUGUCACUUCUCCAUCCCCGAGGCCUUCAGCGCUGCCCUGCCCAACCUCAGCGACGUGGUGCAGCUCAUCCUGCUCGUGGACUCCAACCCCUUCCCCUUCGGCUACAUCAGCAACUACACCGUCUCCACCAAGGUGGCCUCCAUGGCCUUCCAGACGCAGGCCGGCGCCCAGAUCCCCAUCAGGCAGCUGGCCUCAGAGCGUGCCAUCACCGUGAAGGUGCCCAACAACUCGGACCAGGCCGCCCAGGGCCAGCGCGUCCCCGCCGGCUCCGCCGUCAUCCAGCCCCGGGCCUCGGUCAGCGUCGUGGUCACCCCCGAGAACAGCAACCCCGAGGCGGGGCUGCACCUGCAGCUCACCUUCACGGUGCUGGACGAGCAGUACCUGCCGGAGGAGCCCGAGCCCUUCCUGGCCGCCUACCUGCACUCGGAGCCCCAGCCCAAUGAGCACAACUGCUCAGCCAGCAAGAGGAUCAGCCUGGAGGCCCUGGCGGGCGGAGACCACAGGCCCUACACCUUCUUCAUCGCCCCAGGGUCCCGGGACUUGGGCACGAGCUACUACCUGAACCUGAGCAGCCACUUCCGCUGGUCAGCGCUGGCGGUGUCCGUGGGCCUGUACACGUCGCUCUGCCAGUACUUCAGCGAGGAGGACAUGGCGUGGCGCACAGAGGGGCUGGUGCCUCUGGAGGAGACCUCGCCCCGCGAGGCUGUCUGCCUCACCCGCCACCUCACCGCCUUCGGCGCCAGCCUCUUCGUGCCCGCCAGCCGCGUCGAGUUCACCUUCCCCGAGCCGGCCUCCGGCGUCAACCACGUUGUCCUGCUGACCUGCGCCGUGUGCCUACUGACCUACGCGGUCAUGGCCGUGAUCCUGCGGAAGCUGGACCAGCUGGACGUCCGCCGGGUCCGUGCCAUCCCAUUCUGCGGGAAGGGGGGCCGCUUCAAGUACGAGAUCCUGGUCAAGACCGGCUGGGGCCGGGGCUCAGGGACCACGGCUCACGUGGGCAUCAUGCUGUAUGGGGCAGAUGGCCGCAGCGGCCACCGGCACCUGGAUGGGGACGGAGCCUUCCAGCGCAACAGCUUGGACGUCUUCCAAAUUGCCACCCCACACAGCCUGGGCCGCCUGUGGAAGAUCCGCGUGUGGCACGACAACAAAGGGCUGAGCCCCGCCUGGUUCCUGCAGCAUGUCAUCGUCCGGGACCUGCAGAGCGCCCGCAGCACCUUCUUCCUGGUCAACGACUGGCUGUCAGUGGAGACGGAGGCCAACGGGGGCCUGGUGGAGAAGGAGGUGCUGGCUGCAAGUGACGCGGCACUGCGGCGGUUCAAGCGCCUCCUGGUUGCUGAGCUGCAGCGCGGCUUCUUCGACAAGCACGUCUGGCUCUCCAUAUGGGACCGGCCGCCUCGGAGCCGCUUCACGCGCGUGCAACGUGCCACGUGCUGCGUCCUCCUCAUCGGCCUCUUCCUGGGUGCUAACGCCGUGUGGUAUGGGGCUGUGGGGGACAGCACACACAGCCGGGGCCCCGUGUCCAGCCUGGCCCCACUGAGCCUGGAUACCGUCGCCGUCGGCCUGGUGUCCAGCCUGGUUGUCUACCCCGUUUACCUGGCCAUCCUGUUCCUCUUCCGCAUGUCCCGGAGCAAGGUGGCAGGGGGCCCGAGCCCCACCCCCGCAGGCCCGCAGGCGCUGGACGUGGACAGCUGCCUGGACUCAUCCGUGCUGGACAGCUCCAUGCUCGCCUUCCCAGGACUCAGUGCCGAGGUGCGGGCUCCCGGGGGCCUGCCCGGGCGGGGCUGCGGCGCGGGCAGUCUGCAGUCAGGCUCUGUGUGUGCUUCUCAACAGGCCUUUGCUGGACAAGUGAGACAGGACUCAUUUCUGGAGGAUUCUAAAAGCCUGGUGUGCUGGCCAUCCAGCGAAGGCACCCUCAGCUGGCCAGACUUGCUGAGUGACCCGUCCGUCAUGGGCAGUGCCCUGCAGCGGCUGGCUCGGGGCCGGAUGGGCCUCACACCAGGCCCGGAGGAGGACAGUCUCUCCCUGGUCAGCCCCUCCUCACCUGCCAAGUACUUCUCCGCUUCAGAUGAGGACCUGAUCCGGCAGAUCCUGGCUGAAGGGGCUGGCAGCCUGGCCCCCACCCAGGACACGCAGGGAGAAACGGACCUGCUCGCUGGCCUGUGCAGCGCCCCUGGCGAGAAGACCCAGCCCGUGAUGCUGCGGAGCCCGGGGGAUACAGGGCUGCCCAGCCCAGGCCUGACGUGGGAACAGCCCCCACCGGCCAGGCUCCCCAAGACAGGUGCGCGCCCAAGUCCCAGGACAGCCUCCCGCUCCUCUCAGCUGCUGCUGACCCAUCUGCCUGCCUUCCCAGGGCUGGUGGAGGGUCUGCGGAAGCGGCUGCUGCCAGCCUGGUGUGCGCCCCUGGCCCACGGACUCAGCUUGCUCCUGGUGGCCGUGGCCGUGGGCGUGUCUGGGUGGGUCGGCGCCAGCUUCCCACCCAGCGUAUCUGUCAUGUGGCUCCUCUCAAGCGGCUCCAGCUUCCUGGCCUCCUUCCUCUGCUGGGAGCCUUUCAAGGUCCUGCUGGAGGCGCUCUAUUUCUCCUUGGUGGCCAAGCGGCUGCACCCCGAUGAGGAUGACACCCUGGUGGAGAGCCCGGCCGUGACACCCGUGAGCGAGCGUGUGCCCCGCGUGCGGCCGCCCCAUGGCUUCGCGCUCUUCCUGGCAAAGGAGGAAGCCCGGAAGGUCAAGAGGCUGCACGGGAUGCUGCGGGGCCUUCUGGUUUACAUGUUCUUCCUGCUGGUGACACUGCUGGCCAACUACGGGGAUACCUCGUGCCACAACCAUGCCUACCGCCUGCAGAGCGCCAUCAAGCAGGAGCUGGACAGCCAGGCCUUCCUGGCCAUCACCCGGUCUGACGAGUUCUGGCCAUGGAUGUCCCACGUUCUGCUCCCCUACAUCCACGGGAACCAGUCCAGGCCAGAGCUGGGGCCCCCACGGCUGCGGCAGGUGCGUCUGCAGGAAGCGCUCUGCCCGCACCCGCCUGGCUCCAGGGACCCCGCGUGCUCAGCAGCCUCAGACGGCUUCAGCACCAGCGACUACAGCGUUGGCUGGGGGAGCGCUGCUCUCAACAGCUCCGAGAUCUGGGCCUACUCGGCGCCAGACCUGCUGGGCGUGUGGUCCUGGGGCUCCUGCGCCGUGUACGACAGCGGGGGCUACGUGCAGGAGCUGGGGCCCAGCCUGGAGGAGAGCCGCGCGCAGCUGGGCUUCCUGCAGCUGCACAACUGGAUCGACAACAGAAGCCGCGCCGUAUUUGUGGAGCUGACACGCUACAGCCCGGCCGUGGGGCUGCACGCCGCUGUCACGCUGCGCCUGGAGUUCCCGGCGGCCGGACACGCAGUGGCGGCGCUCAGCGUCCGCCCGUUCGUGCUGCGGCAGCUCAGCGCCGGCCUCUCGCUGCAGCUGCUCACCUCGGUGAGCCUGCUCCUGUUCGCCUUGUACUUCUCGGCGGCCGAGGUGCGCGCCUGGCGCAGGGAGGGGCGCACGCGCGCCACGCGGGCUGGAACCUGGGCGCGGUGGCUGCUGGUGGCGCUGACGGCAGCCGCGGCGCUGGUGCGCUUGGCCCAGCUGGGCGCCGCCGACCGCCAGUGGACCCGCUUCCUGCGCCGCCGUCCGCGCCGCUUCACCAGCUUUGAACAGGUGGCCCAGCUGAGCGCCGUGGCUCGCGGCCUGACCGCCUCGCUGCUCUUCCUGCUGUUGGUCAAGGCCGCCCAGCAGCUGCGCUUUGUGCGCCAGUGGUCGGUUUUCGGCAAGACGCUGUGCCGGGCGCUGCCGGAGCUCGCGGGGGCAGCCUUAGGCCUGGUGGUGCUCGCCGCAGCCUAUGCGCAGCUUGCUGUCCUGUUGGUCUCCUCUUGUGUGGACUCGCUUCGGAGUGCUGCCCAGGCCUUCCUGGUGCUGUGCCCUGGGACCGGGGGCCCUGCCCUGUGCCCUGCGGAGUCCUGGCGCCUGUCCCCCAUGCUGUGCACCGGGCUCUGGGCCCUGCGUCUGUGGGGGGCCCUGAGGCUGGGGUCCGUUCUCCUGCGGUGGCGGUACCACACUCUGCAUGGGGAGCUGUACCGCCCCGCUUGGGAGCCGCAGGACUAUGAGAUGGUGGAGCUGUUCCUGCGCCGCCUGCGCCUCUGGAUGGGCUUCAGCAAGGUUAAGGAGUUCCGCCACAAAGUCCGCUUCGAAGGGAUGGAGCCACUGCCCUCCCGCUCAUCCCGGGGCUCCAAGGCUUCUGCGGAAGUGCCCCCACCCAGCGGGGGCUCCGACGCCUCCCGCCCCUCCACCUCCUCCAGCCAGCUGGAGGGGCUGAGCGUGGGCCUGGGCCGGCCGGGGCCUCGAGAGCUGGAGCCCGAGCCCUCCCGCCUCCAUGCUGUGUUUGAGGCCCUACUCGCCCAGUUUGACCGGCUCAACCAGGCCACAGAGGACGUCUACCAGCUGGAGCGGCGGCUGCAGCGCCUGCAGGGCCACAGGAGCAAUGUGCCCCCAGCCUCCCCGUCCCCCGGCCCCUCCCCAGGCCUGCGGCCCGUCCUGCCCAGCCGCCUUGCCCGGGCCAGUCGAGGCAUUGGCCUGGCUGCAGGCCCCAGCAGAGCAUCACUGCGGGCCAGGAACAAGAUCCACCCCAGCAGCUCUUAGUGCCAAGGCCUCUAGGCUCCCCUCUCCCCAGGGCGCGCCUGUGGCUCCUCUCUGGUCCCUCGAAGCCAGAGCAGACACCGCUCAGUAUUAUCACCUUCUGCCACCCUCGGUUGCGGGCCAGGCAGAACAGCUGCACGCAGGUCCCCAGAGAGCAGGCAGGCUCUCUGUGGGCUUCAGCACUUUACAGAGGCCACAUGGCCAGCUCGGACCCAGGGUCCCCUCCCACUCCUGUGGGAGGACACAGCAGUGCUGGACGAGUGCCCGGCCUCAGACGCUAAUUUAUUUCCCGAGUCCUCAGGUACAGCGGGCUGUGCCCGGCCCCCCUCCUGGCUGACGUCUGCCCUGCCAAGGACGCAGGCCCAGGGGAGGGGCCCACACGCCUGUCGUCCUCCCCUAAGUUAUUACCUCCUCCGUCCCUGCUCCGUGCACUCGCCUCCAGCUGCCGCCGUGUGUCUGUUGUAAUUUAUGUGGGGUUAAAAUGUAUAUAUUUUUGUACGUCGCUUUAUUUUUCAAUACAGCCAAGGGAUCUGGUGGCUGAAGCAGCCUGUGCCCACUGUCACCCACAUUGAAGGGGAGCUGGGACCGCCAGAGCUGGCCUUCCCUCCCCAGACACCUGUCCACCCAGCUGGAGGAGCAGCUGCUGCUUCUCAGAUCCAAGUCUGGCCUUGGGCAAGUGCUGGGCAGAGAGGGCUUUUGGAGGGGAAACCCCACCCCAGGCUGGCCUUGCCACCGCCAUGGCCUUAGCUUCCUAUCCAGGCCUGCUGGUGUCGGGUCUGGGUGAGGGCUGGGACCCUAGAGGUGGUAGGGGAAGAUCUCUGCCCGGGGGCUGGCUCCUGGGCCAGGGGAGGUGGGUGUGACCACGUAUGUGUGAGGCUGUCCCAAUGGCAAGGCCCCAGCAGCAGCCUGGCAGCCCCCCUCCCCACUCCGUUGGGCAUGGCCAAAGCUACAGCCUAGAUCCCACCCCCCCAAGAGACGAAGUCAAAUAAACAAGUUGACUGAC